ACCCAAAAAAGUGUAUCUGUUGUUACCUAGUGUGGUAGACUACUCCAUAGACUUGCAUUUAUUGGUAUCAUAUUACAAACUGAAUAAACGUUCCUCUGGCCCUCAUACUGCUCCCUGACUGACAAGAUAAUUAGGGUCAUUUAUCAAACUGGUGUAGAGUAGAACUGGCUUAGUUGCCUAUAGCAACCAGAUUCCACCUUUCAUUUUUGACAGCUCCUUUGGAAAAUGAAAGGUGGAAUCUGAUUGGUUGCUAUGGGCAACUCUACACCAGGACCCCAAAUGUCUUCUGCUGACAGAAUGUCAGUGUUCCCGCUGUGAAAAAGCUGCAGAACCAUCUUCGGGACAUUAUAGGAAGCUUAACGUCUUCGGAUCAUCACUUACACUCACACGCCAUUUACAGCACUAACUUUCUACCACGCCAAAUAAAAUGUCAACCGAUUGUCCCUUUAAACGCACAGGCAUUUUUUUCCUACCAAUCAAAACCGGGAUUCCUUUCUGGGGGGCGGUGCUUCUGCUUUAACCAAUACGCUCGAAGGGUCGCUGGCAUCUAUCCAAUUAUAGUGAGCUUCAGACUCUGCGUAAUUUGGGCGGGUACAAAGUGACGACAUUUCUUUCCUCCAAUCAUUAGCUACAAGAGGAAGGUGGCGGAUGACUGACAUGUUUCUCGUCCAAUCAGUGCAAUCAGUGCGAAGUCGUCCUCUGUAUAUAAGAAGAGACCGUAGAGGGGUGUUGCUCAGUGGGUUCUCCGACUGUCAGUACGCAGUGGUCAGCCUCACUCAGCUCGGGCACGUUCAACCUUACCGGAGCGGCCUGCCUUUUAUUUUAAUGCCCUGUCACCUUUUAUAAGGACUCUUUUAUUGACCCGCGCCCUCUUUUUAACCCGGCUUCUCCGUCCUGUGAGCUGCGUGACCUGUUGCUGAGCCUCCUCUUCAGCUGUUAAGGCGUGGAGAUAGCGUUUCCUCACUGAACACUUGCUACAAUCUCUCAACUUAAGCCUCCCGGAGAAUACCGAGCAUCAGCCAUGUCCGAAUGCCCGCUGUCAUCUCCGCGCUUCAGCAUCCUCUCCUGGCAGCAGGUCAGCCGGUUGGACGCCAUCCUGAAGGAGAGUGUACCCAUCCACGGCCGCGGCAACUUCCCAACUCUGCUAUGCCAGCCACGGCACCUGGUACAGAUAGUCCGAAAUCGCCUAGAGCAGAACGGUAUCCUGGUAAACAAGGUGAAACUGAAUGGUUCUGCUGCAAGUCACGUGCUUCAUGAAGAUAGUGGCUUAGGUUACAAGGAUUUGGAUCUCAUAUUUAUGGUGGAUUUGAAGGGGCCUGAUGCUUUUCAGGUGGUAAAGCAUGCUGUUUUGGAUUGUCUAUUGGACUUUCUCCCUGCAGGUGUCAAUAAAGAGAAGAUUACGCCCAUGACAUUAAAAGAAGUUUAUGUUCAGAAAUUGGUUAAGGUUUGUACUGAAAGUGACCGGUGGAGCCUAAUCUCAUUAUCAAACAAUAAUGGCAAAAACAUUGAGUUGAAAUUUGUUGACACUCUAAGAAGACAGUUUGAGUUCAGUGUGGACUCCUUCCAAAUCCUGCUGGAUUCAAUGCUUGUUUUCAAUCAUGGCCCAGAGACUCCAAUGUCUAAGAGCCUUCAUCCAACUGUGACUGGAGAGAGCAUGUAUGGAGACUUUGAGGAAGCAAUGGACCACUUGCGUAAUCGGAUAAUUGCCACAAGAAACCCUGAAGAAAUCAGGGGGGGUGGUCUUCUCAAAUACUGCAACUUGCUUGUGCGUGGCUUUAGACCAAAGUCAGAAGUGGACAUGAAAACUAUGCAGCGGUACAUGUGCUCACGUUAUUUCAUAGACUUUCCAGACAUAUGUGAGCAGUUGAGGAAGCUGAAGUGCUAUCUGCAGGACCAUUUUGUGGGGAUGGAGGAUAAGCGUUAUGUCUACCUGAUGACCCUUCACAAUGUAGUGGAUGAAAGCACUGUGUGCUUAAUGGGGCAUGAACGUCGUCAGACUCUCACACUCAUUGCUUCUUUGGCAAUUCAGGUCUUAUCUGAACAGAAUUUUGUCCCUGCCAUCCCAAAUUUUACCUGCUACUACCAGCCAGCCACCUUCAUGAGUGAUGGUAAUUACAGCAGUUACUACCUUACUCCUGUCCAGCCUAUUGUUUCCUGUAGUCACUCCUAUCAGACUUGGCUUCCUUGCUGCAACUGACUUUCGCCAAGAUCACUGACCAGCUUACAUCCUCAGCCUUCUAAACAGAUCAAGAAGUGACUGGUUGUCUUUGAUCUUACCAUGUGAUAACAAAAGGACUAGGAUGGUCCGCACUCUCAGCCUUUCAGCUGACACUUUUAUAUAGAAGGACAACCAUUAGUAUUAAAAGUUUGCCUCUUUUUCCUCCUAACUUCAUACUGAUGCAAGCUUUAGAACCUGUGUAACUACUGGGUGUUUGGACCAAAGUGUAGGAGUUAGAACUCUUAAGUGCCUGUAAAGCUUGACUGGUUCAACUCCUAGAUUAGAGACCAUUUCUUUUGCUUUCAGUAUUACACAACUCUUACUGAAGAUCCCUCCAGCACACCUUUUUAUCUUUCUGUAGUAUAAUGUGCCUUUUUAGUUCUUUAAUCACAAAUAAAAAAUUUGUUCUCUGCA